AAACAUUAUAAGCUAGCAAACUUUUUCAUGUAUUCAUUUCACACACCUUGACAUUCUGAAUCGACUUCAAGUAUUACAUAUUGAUAUUGGUCUCAUUAUUAAUUCCAUGAUCUCAUUUGCAGAAGUCAUGCUUAGUCAUACUUUAGUUUAACUGGUUGUGGACCUUGUGUUCAUGAUCCUUCACUUGAUUUUGAUCUUCUUCCAGGAAGUUCUAUGGGUCAUAAUAAUCUGCAAUAUCAGACAUGGAUAAGCCUCUUAUGACCGACAUUGCUUUGACUGCAAUGGAAGAGUUGCUUAGGUUUUUCAUGGAUUGUCUUUGUAGCACCAUUUCAUAUUCCAUAACUGGGAAGCUUUCCUUCUCCGCAACCUUAAAAACUACAUUCACACCGAUUGGUUUCUAUCAUCCCCUGCAAAUGGGUCGCUCUAUAAUUGCGGUUAGUGUCUUCAUCAACUUAAAAAGUAUACACUUGUUUGUUUCUGAAUUGGUUCAUAAUGAUGUGUUUGUUCAUCUAAGGCUUGCGUUACCUCUUAUCCUUCUUCAGGAAGGACCAAAAACGGGAAAGAAGUGAUUGUUAAUCCACAUCGAGUGUGAAGAUGACGAGGCGGUCUGUGUCUAUUAUGAAGUGCACAUUGUUCUUGCUGUUUCUGCUGAAGAUCAAAUGUGUAUUCACGGAUUCCGAUUAUUUGAUCGGUCUUGGAAGCUAUGACAUCACGGGACCUGCAGCUGAUGUCUACAUGAUGGGAUAUGCUAACAUGGAACAAGUAACAUCCGGUGUUCACUUCAGGCUCAGAGCUCGCACUUUCAUUGUGGGUGAGCAUCUUUAAGCCCUCUUAUUUACUCACACUUUUAAACUUGACAAGUUAAUGAUCAUGGUGCGACUUUUUUUCUGUAAUAAAAACUACAGAAACAUCUUAAACAUUUAUACUACUUUUUUCCCAUUUUUAAAACAUCUUAAACAUUUAUACUACUUUUAAUCUAUGUAAACUUUUAAAAUUUCAAAAACUAUAUUUUCAAAAUAAGAUACCCAUAAUUAUAUACCACCAUUGGAGGAUACAAUUUUAAUUAAGAGAUCAAGAGUUCUUAGAAUUUAAACAGUAUAUAAUUAAUUCAUAAAAAAAUCAAAUAGUACAUAAGAGGCUCAAAAUUAAAACCCCCAAUGGGGAUGACCUUAGGAUCGAUCACUAACAAAUUUUGGUUGUUUUCAUUUUAAUUAUUUAUUUUUAAAUCUAAGCAACUCUUAAGAUAUUGCUAAUAACCUGUGAUGGAGAUGACCUGUUUCGUUUGCGAUUUAUGUGGUUCCUCAUCUUAUGUAUAAAGAUGUUUGUGAUGUUUUGUCCUUUCCCAUUUGUCAUUGUUUACACUUACAAGAAGAGGCGAAGAGCUUCAAUGCUCCAUAUAAAUAUUCAGAACGUCGUCGUAUAGUCCUGCUUUGUUAAAGCGACAAGCAUCCAUCUGUAUUCUUAACGGUUAAAGUUUUCACUUAUGUCAACUUUUAUUGCUUACAUCUUAUCAACUAUAUGUAUCAACAAAUAUGUUCUCAACAGUCUCUGCCACUC